AGCAGAAAGUCGGAGUUGGCGGCGUUACUAACCAAGGCGGUCUUAAAACUGUAGACUUCUCUGGCGGGUGGCGAGCUCUUGUGUAGCGAACCUUAUUUGAGUGCUUUUCUUCACUAAAAUACUACAUUUAGUUACUUAUUACGAUUCAAGCUGUGUAAUACAUAUUUUUAGAUGUAUAUUUAUACACGCUGUAUCGAAUGGCUCUUCUGACAUAAAAUGGCCGACAAGUGACGACGGAUAUCCCUAUUGACUCACAGCGUGCAAUAGUAUCUAGCGCUCUUUCCCCCUUUCUCAACGUAUAUGUGUGAUAUCUAUGGAAAAGUGUCAAACAAGAAGGAAGUACAAAAAUAAGAAAAAGAAAAUGACCAAGAAAUCGCAGGAAGAGGACUAAAAGUGAUUAAUUUUAUCCGUUGGCUAGCGAAUGACUGCGGUAGUGUUGCUCGUUUUUUUUUUUUUUUUUUUUUUAACUAUUAGCUCCACCUCCUGUUAAAUUGACGAAAUCGCGUUUAAACUCAUUUUGGACCGUCGAGCUAACAGCGGAAGCUAACCAGGGUUGCAUGGAAGUAGCAGCCGCCGGCCGGUGGUGUUAGCCUUGGUCCACCCGUUUUUGUUUCCCCCUAGCCUACUCCGUGGUACGACUCGUGACCCGGUUAUUUAGGUUGCUGCUGGCGGUGAAGAUGUCUCGGAGGCGGCUGGACAGUCGCAGCGGGCUCACCGCCGCCGGGCUCUUGAUCGAAAGUCACACACCGAUCAACGCGGAGCCUCUGGACGCCGUGUUCGAAGUCACCGGGGAGUUGGGAAGGGGCAAAUUUGCAGUGGUGAAACGCUGCAUAGAGAAAGCUACAGGCAAAGUGUUCGCUGCCAAGUUCCUGCGCAAAAGGAGGCGGGGUCGCGACUGCCGGGCCGAGGUUGUCCACGAGAUGGCCGUCCUGGAAACGGCCCGCAACAACCCCAGGGUGGUCAACCUGUACGCCGCUUACGAGACGGACCAUGACAUCGUUCUCGUGCUGGAAUACGCCGCAGGCGGAGAAAUAUUUGAUCACUGUGUGUCUGAUGAGCUCUUGCCCGAAGCUCAAAUCACCCGUCUGAUCAGGCAAACGCUGGAGGGGGUUCACCUCCUCCACCAGCAUAACCUGGUGCACUUGGACCUCAAGCCCCAGAAUAUCCUCCUGACAAGCCUUUCCCCUCCCGGAGACAUAAAGAUUGUAGACUUUGGCCUGGCACGCAGAUUGGGUGCGGUUGGGGAGCUCAGAGAGAUUCUUGGCACACCUGAGUAUGUGGCUCCAGAAAUUCUAAAUUAUGAACCCAUCACCACAUCAACAGAUCUUUGGAGUGUGGGCGUCAUCGCCUACAUGCUGGUGACAGGCGAGUCGCCGUUUGCCGGCGACGACAAGCAGGAGACGUACAUGAACGUGUCACAAGUCAACGUGGACUACAGCCGGGAGGCCUUCUCCAGGGUUUCUGAGCUGGCGGUGGACUUCAUCCGCAAACUGCUGGUCAAAGCACCCGAGGACCGACCCAGCGCUGCAGAGUGCAUCAGCCACCCAUGGCUGUGGCAGCAGUUGCACACGGGCACUGAGCCGGCGUUUGGCCGCGGCGUUCGCGAACGGAGCUGCGGCAACAAGUGGGCGGCGCCCCCGACCGAGGACAAAGAGAACUUCCUGGAGAUGUCACCGCCGCAUUCCCACGCCAAACGCUCCCGCUUGGACGAGGAAGGGCUUCUCGGAGACGGUGACUUGUGAAAAGAUUUGGGAGGGCAAGAAAGAGGAAAUAUCUUUUAAAUUGGUUUUUAGACCAACGGGCGACUUAUUUAUACUCAGUUUGUUAAUUGCCAGAUUAACACAAACCAAAGAUAAUCAUCUUACUGAUCUGCCGUCGUUGGGUUUUGUGCUCUUGUUUCUCUCCGUUGUUGUUGUUAAAACUGUUGCUCAUGGGCAGUAUUUUGUGGAAUUCAAUGCAGUAUGUUAAGUUGCCUCUGUGCUCCAGCCUUGUUAAAUGGGUGGGCACAACUAUUUUUAAUGUCUUAACUGUUUCUUGGUUUGUUUGUUUUUUUACAUUUAGUGACAUUCCACGCUGAGUUCCUGGCGAUAUUAGUUGAUGAUAAGACUGAAUAAUUAAGGGCACCUUGGCGUAAAAAUGCUUUUCAACCGAAACUUUUGAACAUGUGUAACAGUUACGAUUGUUGAUCACAGGUAUGGACCGAUCUGCUUCAAUAGCAAGGGGGAGGUGUGGUUUAAAUUUGUCAGGAUUGACGGUAUUUGUGUUCCUCGUUUAGGAUGUUGAAAAUUGGGUUCACAAUUUAUGUUUGCGAGCGUUUCACGAGCAGCUUGUGGAGACCAAAUCGCUCUAAACAGCCCACACUAUGGGAUUAAUCGUUCAGAGCUGUCUGAUAAUCAGACCUUUGCUAACUUUAAUGGCAACAAAGGAAAAGUUCUCACCAUUUUUGUCAUUGCAGUUUGCAUAUUCACCACUUUCGUUGCUUCAUACUUGUGCGUAGUUCGCAUUCAACAGUGCCAUGAGAAAAACUGCCUUUACCAGCAUAUGAGUAGAUUCCUGUUGUGAGCAUUUAAAUUUGGCUCAGGGUUUUUUGAAGAAAAGAAUUUUAUAAAUCGUACCAGUUUAGGGCUAACUCAGUGUUAAUCGCAUUCUCAGGUGAUCAAAUGCGAGUGAAUUAAGUGUUUCAUGAAUUCAUAGUGCCUCCGUUAUUGUCAUGGAGUGUGUUUUGUUUUCCCUGAACAUGUAGUAACAGUUCUGCUCCGGUUGCUCAAAAGAGUUCCUACAGCCUGAAGAAAAGGGAACCAGCGUUUAGCACUUAACUUCCUCAUGAGCACAACAUUUCUUGCAUUCACACUUUUUUAUAUAAUGAAGGCUCUUUAUGUAUGCAAAGAAGAAAAAAACACGGCUUGCUAAUUCUUAACGUCAUUCAUAUUGUUUUUAUUUAUGUGCUGGAUUUAUACAUUAUAUUUUUUGUGUAUGUAAUUUACAAUUGAGGUGGAGAAAGGGUUUAGGGAUGCAGAAAAGUGGUUAGAAAUUCAGGUAAUCGAGAAGGUAGAAGGAAGGGAUGACUUUAAGAGGUCGUACUGGACAUGUUGUUGGAAGGAUGACGUUGACGUUUAAAGGUAUGUGGGGCGGAAAGUCUUAUGAGGAUGAGAGGUGGCCUUGAUAUGGCGUGAAAUAGAAUGACUCGCGUUUAUUGUCUUUUUUUGUUGUUGUUUUCAUCUCAUGCUGUCACCAGCAUACACAUUGGCCUUUGUGUGGAACGGCCAUGUUCUCAUCUGUAAUGCUGUCAUCCGUAAGAACUGGAAGGCUACUCUGAGAGAGCAAAAUCCAGCUGGUUUUCUUCAGAUAGUAGGUGACGCAAGUAUAUACUGUAUAUAUUGGCACUCUAAUCUAGUUGUCCUGGAGGAACAAAAUGAACUGCUUGUCGAGAAAUAAGCUUCGAUGUCUUCAACACCUCAACAGUUUAAGGAGACAUAUUAUGCACAUUUUUUUUUAUUUAAUUAAAAACGUUAGUCUAAUAGCAGUUAUUGUUAACUUACUGCCAAAAUCUCAAACUAAAAGUUCAGGAAUUGAUUAAUUAAUUAAAUUAAUCAACUAUUCAUCCAGUGACCUUGUUUGCCCUAAAAAGUCUUGAGAAUAUAUUUUAAGAUUUUGGUGUUCUAUGUUUUUCACUUUUAGAUGUAGCCCUAAUUUCAGUAGAACACCAGUGUGCUUGGAAAAUUGAAUAUUUGAUUUGAUUUUUUUUUAAAGAAAAAUUCUAAGCUACUGAUGCAAUUGUGCUAUUAUGCUAACAAUAUUUUAAAUACUUUAAAAAGUAAAGUUUUCAUAAUAUGUCCCCUUUCAAGCUCUUGCCCCUGCUGUUAUUCCUGAUACCUCACACACGCAUUCGACAAGCGGCUUGAAAUUAUUAAGCGUUGUCUCGCAAGGCUGUUGUUUUUCUUCUAAGACUUAACAGCUGAUGCGAAGCGCAGAGAAGGCAGGCGGACUUGUUUCACACUCUGCUGGAUGAUGAAACACUUGAAUGUGUAGACAGGGUCGCGUUUUCUCGACUGUUGUUGUGUGCCAUACUCGUGCUCGUCUUCCGCACAAAAGUGUCGGGAGAUGUCAACCAGCCGUAAGCAUGUCUCGAGAGAUGUUUAUUUUGGACUUUUCUUAUUUAAUGUUUGAGCAAUAUGAUUGCGACCACUUAGGAAAAAAACAAGCUAAUGUAUUGUGAUUUAGCAUACACAUGUAUGCCUAUUAAUGUUUAGGCAACCAUGUGCAAAAAUGCUCAUGAAAGAUUGGAGAAUAUGUGACUCCUGAGUUCCAUUUGUUGACUUUUGUUUGAAGAAAAAAAUAAUAACGAUAAUGCAAUACUGUUUGGUUUCUUUGUUACACCCAAAAUGAUCAAGGUUCAAUUUGACACAUCACAAAAUUAAAAUAAAGCUUUAAAAAAA